AUGUCGAAUAUGAUACGUCGUGAACCCGGAUACUCGAGGGGUCCACCAUCAACAGGAGGUGCAGCCGGGGGUCCAUCUUUCUACUAUUCUUCUCGUAACCCAUCCGCAGCUCCCUCUCCAUCUCAAUAUUCCUAUCGAUCACAACACGAUCCGCUGCCGCAGCAACACCAGAUUCAUAUGCAUACACCUAGAGGCGGCCCUUCUCGAGGAGUGAUGGAUCAUCGCGGUUCAAUGGAGGAGCAAACACCCUCAUAUUUUGUCGAGCAUUUGGCCACGUUUGCCGUCGGAAGGCAAUUCGGCCUCGUGGCUCCGGCCGAUGGGAUUCGAAAGUUGAAACAAAUGGAACGCUCACAAGCGAUCUGGGCUCAACCAAUGGUGCUGCGAUUGAGGAGAGAUAUUAUCUCAGUGGAGAAUGAGAAUGGGGAAUUGGUGGAAUCGUUUCCGUUGGACUUGGUCGAACAGCCGACCGCGCACAUGAGCAGCGAUCCGAGAGACGCUUAUAAUAACAUUUUGCUUUUCGUCGUUAAAGAGGACAGUAAAGGGAGAAAGCACACGACACCUACGGAGAUGCAUAUCUUUCAGUGCAAUCGAGUGGCGGCCACUGAGGUAGCUGAAGAUCUUCAGCACUACGUCCGAGGACAAUAUAAAAAAGUAAAAAAUGGUCGUCGAAGUGGCAAUGGAGGAAAUGGAAAUCAUUCCACGCAUGCUUACGGUGGUCCUCAAUUUGGUGAUGAUGUGUCUGUGUCUUCAGAAAACAGUGAAUUGUUUGAAAGAGAUGUGAACACGCUGAAUCGUUGCUUUGACGACAUCGAGCGUUUCGUGGCGCGAAUACAAAGCGCCGCUUUGGCACAAAGGGAACUCGAGCAACAAGCUCAUAGAUAUCGUACCACUCAACGCCGUGACAAACAACGCGCUCCACCACCCGACCCACACGGCAUUCUCCAAAUGCGCGCCCAACUCCCGCUGGAAGCUGAAUUCGUCGAAGUUCUCCGGAAAUUCAAACUCUCUUUCAAUCUGCUGGCAAAACUCCGCAAUCACAUCCAUGAGCCGAAUGCGCCUGAGUUGGUGCAUUUCCUCUUCUCGCCGCUUAAUGUCAUCUUAGACGCCUCGCAUUGGGGAUUGGGAAGGAAUAUUGCUUCACUUGUGGUUUCCCCAUUGCUGUCGUUGGAUGCGCGAGAGUUGAUGCAGAAUUGUCUCACAUCGAAAGAAAUGGACGUUUGGUUGAGUUUGGGUGAUGCUUGGAGGACACCACCCGAGGAUUGGCCUGGACCAUUGCCCGCUCCAUACAAACCAGUUUUUAUGGAUGGUUUCACGCCAUAUGGUCCACCCGAGCCGCGCACAAGUCGCGGACAAGACGCGACCAUUCAUCGAGGCGUCUCUGAACCACCAGCUCCAUAUCGAAAUCGCGAGCGCACUGUUGAUACGGCUCCAUCCACCCCGGCAACACAACGCUACAAUACACAACAGAAACGAGCUCCGCAAAGGAAUAUGUCAGUGGAUAAUUUGGAUAUCGGUCGCUUGUCACUUGAAAAAGAGAGACUAGAAUUCGAAAAGGAAAAGAUCCGAGAAAGACAGCGACGAUUGGAAGAAGAAGAACAGAGAGUGAAAGUUGAUCGUGAACGUUUGAACAAAGAAGCGGAAAUGAUUCAACGUGAACGCACGAAUUCUACGAGUGGACCGCCAGCAUUUAAGAAUGAAUCCCAACGUCCAUCCGUUCAACCAUCACCGCAACCCGAAAGACGAGGAUUUGAUCACGGGGGAAUGAGCGUCCCGUUGCCAGCCUCACUCUUAAAUGAUCCUGAUCAAUCCCCAAGACAAAGGGCUUUUGUUCAGGAUAUUCUCAAUCGAAGAUGCAAACUCGUACAGGCCACCUAUGACCGAGUGGCGCAAAAUCCGAAAGAGCUCACCGUUUCGCGCGGUGAAUAUCUUGAGGUGUUGAAUGAUUCCAAGAACUGGUGGGAGUGCAAGAAUAUGCACAAUCGAGGCGGAUACGUUCCGCACACGAUAUUGACGGUGAUCCCGGCUGAUGGCACGUCUCCAGCCAUACCGAAUGAGGAGAUCUAUGUCGGACCACCGCAGUCGACGGGCACGAUGUACAAUGGAAACGGUGGAUCGAGUCAUCAACUGAAUGGCUAUGGUUCCUCUCAUCAUCACCCCAAUCAACCUGGUCUUUCUCCUAACCAACCACCACCUCGAGCCGCACCACGUUACAUUGUCGACGCGGGAGUGCAGGCAAAUGUGCAUGAAAGAGUUCCGAUGCCACCGCCACAAAUGCAAAUACCGCCACCACCACCGAUGGCCAAUUUCCAACAACAGCUCGCUGAACAGAAGCUAAGACCAGCUCCGCAAAGAGCGCCUCGUUUGGAAGAGCCCGAAACCGCGAAUGAUCAUGACAAAGCGGAAGAGGCGCUGAUGGCUGACUUGAUUGGAACUAUUUCGAACGCUGCAGGGCAAAAGAUACUCCCGGGAAGCAAGCCAAUGAAAUCCAAUGUGAAACUACAAGAGCAAACGGAUGCACGCGGUCUUCAGAUAUGGCUUCAGGAUAAGGGAUUUUCGGUUAGAUUGAUGGAGUUGUUGGCUGAACAAGACGGAGCUACUCUGUUCUCUUUGUCGAAACCGGCGCUGGAAAGAGCGGCUGGACGAGAAGAAGGAUCAAGACUGUACUCGCAAUUGCUUGUUGAGAAAAGUCGAUCAAAUUAUCAAACAAAGUCGAGAGCCGAGCUGAACGCGAUUCUCAAGUAUCGAAAGACUCAGGUCGAGCUGAGCAACGAAGCGGCUGGGGAAGAGCCAAAAGAAACUGUCCCCGAGACAGAG